CACCACCACCACCACAUCAUCAUCAUCAUCAUCAUCAUCAUCAUCAUCAUCAUCGUGCACGACCACGCAACGCAUCAAGACGACCUUUUCAGUCACAUCGCCGCUCCGUCAUCCACCGCAGACACACCCACCACCGACACAAAUCGAACAGCCCACAUUCACAGAGCGCUCAUCGUUGCCAGGGCACCGAAGGAAUCAGGUUCUGCUCGCUCAUCACCAUGUCCCAAUCCUAUCAGCCCAAAGUGUUGGGCGCACCGGUCAUCCGAAGACCUUUGGGUCCUCUGCGCGCGCUCCUGACAGGUCUAGGUCUGGGAUGUUCGUUGACUGCGUUGGUGGGCUACGUAUGGCUAGCCAGAGGCCAAGCAGAAGAGAGACGAGAGAUUGCGGUCGCUUUGCAAGAAUUGAAGGAUGGUGCUUCACAACAUCGAGCGACUCAAGAGAAGCUCAAAUCGCUUGAACGAAGCCUUGUAGCGACGAGGGAAGCAUCAGACACGAAAGAUGCAGCCUUGACAAGAGCGCGCGACCUACGCACGCUUCACGGAGGCUUAGCAGACGAAGUCGUCGAGCUGAAAGAGAGGUUGAUGCAAUGCGAAACACACCUAGCUCAAGCUCUACAAUCUUCUCCCGUCUACCUACUCGCUCAAGCCAGAGCCGAAGAGCUGGCGGGCAGAUCAUGGCUACAACGUACAGGCGGUCUGAACGAAGGUCUGGUCGUCCAAGCUCCUGCUCCCAGUACCCUCUCCUUGAGAUCAGUCAUUGACCAGAUGCAUGGCUGGGUGCCUGCACGGCUCAGGGUGGAUCGCAAGGAUAAGGAAGCAGCAAAAUUUGCGCCCUCUCAAAAGGUCUCCCCGGCUGUGGAUCCCAUAAGAGCGGCAUCCGCGGAUGAGAGCAGACCUGCAAGGUAGCUGAAAAUGCGCAUGAUGCAUACAUUCAUGAAUUGGUGGCACGAGAUAGGUUCGUGUGCAGGAUACCUGGGAAGACGGGCGUUGAUGGUGAAGCAGACGAGAUCAUGGAGGAUCAGGCGACACGGCUCAAGAGUUCCAAGAGGUUGUUGACGACUUCGGCCCUUGCUGGCACCGGCGUAUCUAUGGCCUGAUCCGGUAAUUGGCCUUGGAGCACGCGGGCCCUCUCGCUCGGAGUGAGCGUCGAGAACUUCUUGAGCAAAUCUCCGUCGCAAAAGCCGACAGGCGGGCUGGUUCUGUGAUCCGUCCUCAGAGUUCUCCAAUCUUGGGCAUCGAUAUCUUUGCUGCCUUCUGUCUGCUUCGAAGCUAGCAGUUGGAUCAGGUUGCGUUCUAGCGCCGUUAGGAUUGUGCCGCUCUCUGCAUCCAGCUGCGUGAUCACGCCGAUCGCGCCUGCCGCUGUGCAGAAUAGAAUCUUCGAUUCUGCGCUC